GUAACAGAAGUUUGGUACAGAGACCGCUGGAAUAGCCAUUGACUUCAUUGUGACCCUCAGGGAUACUGCACGAUCAGUAUGGCUCUACCCAUAGAUCCCAUGAAGGAGACGCGGAUUUACCAGCAAACUCUUCUGCAGGAUGGUCUGUACGAUCUUCUGGAGAGUGAUGAUGGUUUAUUGGGGAUGAUCUUGAAAUACCUCUACACCUCAAACAUCAAUGUGACAGAGCAAAACAUACAAGACAUCUUCGCUCUGGCCAACAUGCUUCAGAUCCUCUUGAUUUUCACGAUUUGUGUCUCGUUCCUGCAGAAGAGACUGAGUUUGAGAAACUGUUUGGUGAUUUUCCGACUGGGCCUGAUGCUGGAUUGUCCUCGUCUGGCCAUAUCGGCAAGUAACUUCGCUUGUGAACGCUUCCAGUUAAUUGCUCGGGAAGAAGAAUUCCUGCAGCUGACUCCAAGUGAACUGGCAGCCAUUAUCGCAUCGGACUCUUUGAAUGUAGAAACAGAGCAAGAUGUUUUUGAGUCUUUGAUCAAGUGGAUUGGACAUGACCAAGAGAAGAGGCUGGAGGACCUACCGUGUCUGCUGGAUUGUGUAAGAUUACGUCUGGUUCCCGAGGACUACUUCACCAAAAAUGUGGAGAAACAUGAAUGGUUGAGCUCAAAUCCAGUGAUCACCAAGAAACUGCAACUGGUCAAAGAUGCCCAUGCCGGGAAGCUUCCUGAAGUCAAGAAGAACAAAAGCAAAAAGAGUGCAGGUCAGGAAGGAGAGGAGGAGGGAGAUGAAGAGCAGGAAGAAGAGCAGGAGGAGCUACUUCCAGGAAUCCUGAAAGACAAUCUGCAGUUUGGGAUGUUCUUGAGAGACUUGAUCUUCUUGAUCAAUGACACUGCAUCGGUAGUUUAUGACCCAAUGGGAAAUGAUUGUUAUGUGGCGUCACUCUCCAACCAAAUUCCCCAAAACCACUGCAGUCUGGUCACAAAGGAAAAUCAGAUAUCUGUGGCAGGUGGAUAUUUUUUUAAUGAGCAGAGCAAAGACAAACAGAUAUAUUCAUACUUUUUGCUGUUUGAUCCUACAACAUCAGACUGGAUGGGCAUGCCCCCCAUUCCCUCUGGCCGCUUUCUGUUUAGCAUGGGAGAGGCAGAAAAUCUCAUCUUUAUUAUUGGAGGGAAAGAAAUGAAUGAAGGAGAACGCUUUCUGGACACAGUCAUGGUUUAUGACAGACAAGAGUUCAAAACAAAGCAGUCUGAUCCUCUUCCCUACCUAGUACAGCGCCAUGGAGUAAUGUCUCAUAAUGAAUUGAUCUGUGGAGGAAAGGGAGAGAACAAGUAUUGUUUGAAUAGAGUGUGCGUGUAUGACACUAAAAAGCGUCAGUGGAAGGAUCUGGCUCCAUUAAAUACUGCAUGCUUGCUCUUUUGGGUCACAAUUCACAAAAACAAAAUCUAUGUGGCAGCUUAA